AACAAACAUUUGCCACACUCACAGGUUUUCUUAUUAAUAUUAAUAGCAUAAAACAAAUAUAAUAAAACUCAACUUAAAGGACGACAGAGAAGUAAAAUUAUUUUGUGUUUUUUUUAUUGGGACAAACUAAGGAGAAACUAUAAGAUCAUGGUGACACAACUCACAACGCUGGUAGGCCUUGCGGUUGUCAUGGUGAUUAUUGGUUCCCACAAUGCCCUGGGCCAGAGUUACCACUUCAGCAAUGGCUGGAACCCAGGCAAGAGAUCAUCAGUGUUAGAGGUCUGCCAUUUUAGGACAGAAGUACAGAAUCUAGUCUUCAAAUUAAUUGAGGAUGAGGUGAUGCGAAUGGUAACUGACCCAGCAUGUUAUAGUGGAGUGUCACCGCUCAGUGGAGUGUCACCACUCAAAAGUCUCUUGAAGAAAGAUAUUGAAUAUUCACCCAUAGAUGAAAAGAAAUGAUCGCCAUCAUGACAAACGUUUGUCAUACCAGAUGUUCACAUUCAACGUACAACUCUAUGACUUAAAGCCUUACCAGAAAAGUGGACAAGUGUAUUCAAAUCCAUCAAGACUAACAUUUCUGUUUGAAUCAUUAUGAACAACACCUUCAUAUUGAAUACCAUGACUAUAAAAACUAUUUUACAUAUCAGUUUUCUUGUAUCACUGUUAGAUUUUUAAUACCAGCAAGUUGUUCUGCUUAGAUUAACCGAAAAAUAUAUAGUAAGGUAGAACUUUAUAUGAUCCAAACAAUGUUUCAUUUUAUAACAAUUGAUUUCUGAUGUAAAAGAAAGAAAAUUAUGAAAUUAAACUAGUCACUGACUUGUAUAUGCUAGCAUAUAUAUCAGUAAACAUAAAGCUUUCUUUUAUACCUAAUGAUAAAAUAUGACAUUUCUGCAGUGAAAUAACAGCAGUGAAAAUAACAAAUUGUUAUUUUCACCGAUGAAAAGAACAAAUUUUCGGAACUCCUUUUCUAUUUUUAGAUUAUCAUAAAUAAUUAUAUAUAUAUUUUCUAUGUUCACGAGUGAAUAAAAAUCGACAUACCACCGAA